GUUUAUCGGAUAACAUUAUCGGCUGCGCAUCAUAAUAAAGACUAAUUUACGCGAAUAUUGCAUUUAACGCAGAUUUAACUGCAGUAAACUACAAUUAAAUCAUGGAGGACGUUAAGAAGAAAAAAUACGCAAUUGUAUUUCGUUGCACCGUGCCGAAGUGCUCGUAUUCCAGCAAACGGCUGUACAACCUGCAGCGCCACGAGAAGACGCACGGCAAGGAGCACUGGCGCUCGAAGAGAUUUCCCUGUCCCUGCUGCGCCUAUGCGGCCGCCACGCGGGCUCAUCUGAAGCGGCACAUGGGCAACAAGCACCCGACGGAGGAUAUUUCCAACCAUGAUCUAACUGUGCUUGCCUACGAGGACUUUGAAACGCCGGCGGAAAAGCAAAUGAAGCCGUCGCCAACGGAACAAAUGAAAGAGCCAACGCAAGAGCCAAAGAACACCCCACAGUCACAACAGAAAGAGCCGCCGCUGGUUCUCGAGGGUCCGGUGACCGUGCUGCAACUGGUGACGCCCCUAAGCCCGCAGUCAAGGCCCCAGCCGGGCGAGGUUUACUGCAAUGUAACACUCGAGGGCGAAGCCUUUCGCCUGAUCCCAGUCGAAUUUUUGCCGGUGGAAGCGGCGACGCAAGAGCUCUAACACACCCGCACGCACACAGCAACAGCGAAAGCCACACGAUGAACCACCCAACCACUCAGCGGGUGUUGCCAACGAUCCUCUCAUUUAUCCGUAGUCAGGGGCUUCCGGCAUUUGUGUAGAUGCAUUUAGAAGAAUCCCGGAAGUAUCACAGUGCAGGGCAGCCAGGUUCAGUCUAUGGGUGAGAAAAGGUGUUGUAUUGCCGACAAAAUGCCAAGUACAGUGAAAGCUGCCUAGUAUGGACGCUUAGGGCAAAGUCUUGUUGAAAAUCUUUAACAACAUUUUAUUAUGUGUGCUAAGGAUAAGUCUACUCACGCUGAUAAAAGUUGCUAAGCAAAGUACCAGAAAAUUAGCUGCAAUUAAAAUAAUUUUAACCAAAAAAAAAAAAAUAUUAUAAUGAAUAUAGAUGAGUCUAAACUUGUUUUAAAAAAUCUUUUGCACGAAAAUAAUUUUUCUUCAAAUUGUUAAGGUGCUUUUUCACAAACCUAAAAUAUAAGAUAUUAGAUUUGAAUUGUAAAAAUUGGCCAAAUGUAGUUCAGGUGUGCACAAGGGAGUUUUCACUGUACUUGGUGUUCCUUCAAUCCAGUUGGGUUCGGGAAAAGCCUUCAAUUGUGGCAGAGUAUGGGUAAAUGGGUAAAGCAAUACUAAAGAGAAUCUAUUUUUUGAAGCGAAAGUGGCAUAGAAAAUAUUUUAAUAUUUAGAAUUAAAGCGAAAGAAAAUUAUUUUCCAUUUGCAAAGUGGCAAAUUCAAAGUUUUAUUCGACAACUGUUUGUAAAUAAAUAAUAAGUAAAACUCAGAAAACUGCUCGACAACAGUAAA